GUACUUGUGAACAGAAUGGACCUAAUUCUGCUUGUUUAGCGAGGAAAGCCUGUAAAAUACCAGCGACGCCGCAACAAGGGAGCUGUCAAUUGGGCGGCAGGAUUACAGCACCCUUAAUUCUAGUCAAAUGCAUAUACCUAUUCAUGUUCCAGUAGGAAAGCUGAUAGUCCUGCUUCAAUGUCUCAAGGUGCAGAACCUUUUAAAAAAAGGUUCCGAGUAUGUACGUCAAACACUACUUUUUGCAGCGAUUAGGUCAAGCAUCACGUCCCUCAACAUCCCGCUUCCAUAGACCUCUUAGGCAGCCGAUCUUGAUGUUGAGCUGUUUGCCAAUAGUUCGUACUUGAAUGCGUUUGUAGACUUCCAACCGUGAGGCUUUCAACCAAUUUGCUUUCAGGAACUGGCAAGGCGUGGUAGCUUGGCUUGAGAUUGUCUCUGUUUCUCAGUACAUUGUAGAAGUGUAACUCUUCUUGCGUUGUACCCUUCUUGUGCUUAGCUUAAGCCAUAGGCUCCGUAGCUUUGACUUUAACAAUGAACUUUUUCAACAAAGUUAAGAAUCUGUUCUUUGGGGGCCUAGACUGGUACGCCGCGAGUCAAAUACAGGACCAGCACGGCGAUUACGCAAACGAGUUUUUCGAUGCGGACACGGGAACGAAAUGCUGUGCAGGGGCAGCGGCAACGACGGUACCAGCAGCAGCAGCAGACAGUGUGAGACCGAAGAGAGGGCCCCACAAACCGGCUGGCAAGGCAGGGGGAGGCAGUGUAGCAGCAGGAAAACAGCAGCUCAAGGUAAAGGAUGUGCAGCGAGGCACAGUGAUCUUGGAGCCCAUUUGA